GCUGUUGAGCUGGACGAACUGGAGAUGGUGUCUAGAAAGUUACUGAUGAGAAGGCAGGGCCCUAAGAGUGAUGAUACUGGUGCCAACACUGACAUCUCUGGGCAGAACACACCCCUCUCACCUCUCGCCCGACUGUACAUUUAUGCCCUGCAUGGGUGCCUCUGUGAGGUGGCGUUCACAGCAGCCUGGGAUUGGUACUACACCCGUGACCACAGACUCACGGGCCACACAAGCCUUUGGGCGCUGCUUAUUUACAGCUCUGCCAUCUUCUUCAUGGAGGGUCUAAGUGCGAGGUUGCAACAGAAGCACUGCCUCCUACCAGUCAGGCUGACUGUCUAUACUCUCUUCAUCUAUCUAUGGGAGUUUAGCUGGGGGUUUCUGCUCAGGCUGUUCGGGGCCUGUCCUUGGGACUAUUCACAAUUCAGGUAUAACUUCAUAGGUCUGGUGACGCUUGAAUAUGCCAUUCCCUGGGCGUUGGCAGCACUUAUAGCUGAAAAACACGUUAUCAGGAACACUUUGAAGAUACGGCUAGAUAAGUAGUCAAUAUAAACAGAUAAUAAUAAACUGUUUAACAGAACAUGUUAAAAAUCUUUGACUUUGUAUUGGGAUAGAGUGUUAAGUAGGCCUGAUAAAUGCUACAAUGCUAAUAGAGUUCAACAGUUGGGUUUCAGAAAUAAAAGCCCCAUUCAUUUUCUCCAUAGGAAAAUUGAUUGUUAAUGAUCAUUUAUUAACUUGUAAAGACAGACUUACUGUGAGCUACAAGGUUGUUAAUCAGUGCUAUAAACUUUUGUUGAAGCCAGCAGUCUUCAUUAUUCCAUUGUUGUUUAUUUUUUAUUUAUAUAUAUGUUUUUUAAUAUUCCUGUUUAAGGGGCUGUUCACACAGAAUACGUAUUUGCGUCUAAAAACAUGAGACACAGCACUCAGGAAUGUUUUUUUUUUUUUUUUAAAAGCACAGCACAGAAUGCUUCCUCCACCAUGUUGCCGUCAAAUAAAACAGUUGCCAUGCCAACUUGCUACUGUAAGCAAAAGCUCACAAAGCUUUCCCCGCCUCCGGGGUCUUCUGAUUGGUCCACUGUUGUGGAACUGACAUUGAUGAGCGGCGCUGUGUGUAAAAGUUUAAAUUCUUUUAACUUGACACAGAGUCUUAAAAACAUGGUGCUCAUGUGCGCAACACUGCAAGAGACGCGGAGCCCAGCGACCAUACACAUGCGUCUAGCGUGUGUUAACAUAGAAAAACUAUGGAAAAGUAGCACAUUGGAAUGGGAAAACGCUUUCGGUGUGAACGGCCCCUAACUGCAUAAUAAUAAUAAUACAAAUAAAAUAAAAAACUACAUUACCCAUGAUUCUGCAUAGAAAUCUCCACCAUUCAGAGAAUUGAAGCAAGCAAAUCCCACCCACUCCUGUGAAACACUGUGAAAGAAACUACCUACACUCUCAAACUACUUAAAUAUUUGUAUAUAUUAUAUAUAUUUUGAAAUAAGCAAAUAUAUGUUCUUACAAAAUAUGUUGUUUCCAAUACACAAUAAACAUACUUAAAAUAAUGGUCUUAUUUAUCUUUAUCUGUCAUUUUUUAUUUAAUUAUAUCAUUUUCAGGACUUCAUGGGAUUGUCUCUGUCUUGUGAUGUUGUGAUUCACCUCGUAGCUGGUUGUUUUGGUUCAUGGCUUACAACUAUUUAACAAAGACAUUUUAAAAGUCCCUUUGGGAAAAACUAAUGGGAAAAAUACUUCUAAAACCAAGGGCGAUGAAAAAGUGGACCGCACUGUUGCACUAGAUUGAAAAGCAAAAAUAAAGCUCAAUUUGAAUGUCAAGAAAACAUUUAGGUAGAAUGCACAUAACAACAACAAUAAUAAUAAUAGAAAAAGUUUAUAUGUAUAGUAACUGCCACUACAGGCAAGAAUUGUUAGCACAAUACCAAAAUUCUGGCUUUGGUAUGAAACCAGCUCUGGUACCUCAGCAUUGUUACCUUAGGCAGCAAAUUAUCAGCCUCACACGAGAGUGAAAUAAAACUGUCAGGUCUACAAGUUCACCUUUUCCGUUUGCUCUGUUUGUUGUGCCGUAUUUCACUUCUACAGCCCUGAUUUUCAAUGAAUUGAGGGCAGUGAACCGCAUCUCACAUGUUUACCUCCAUUUCUAUCACAGUGUGGCCAAGUGUGUUGGAUAGCUGCCAAAUAUACUAGCUAGCUUUAACCACGCAUUACCUAACACUAUCUUAGCUUUAUACUCUAUAAAACACCACUGAAUAGCAGCAUAUUGUUGUCAGGUACCAAAAACAGCAUUUUGCAUUUUAGAUACCAACUCGACGUACAGUACCAACACUGUAGCCAGUUAGUCUUAUGUGAUACCUGCAUUCAUGAAAUUAAUAUAGGAAAGAUAAUUUUGCUUUAGAUAUAUAUAUUUUUUUAAUUUAUAGGUGUUGAAGAAAUUAAAUUAAAUUAAAUUAAGCAAUACUGCUGAUUAUGAUGGAGACUUGCCCUUACAUUAAUUGUAUUUAAGAACCUUUUUAUGGACUUGCACUUUGU